AUGGAUUAUCGUCAGAAGAAGAAUUGUACUUUUCUCACUAUUGGAUUGAUAUUUCUGUUAAGUGGCAUUGAGUAUGGUGAGUUGAUUUCGACUGCCUAAUGUACACAUAUUUCCACAAUGAAAUGAAAAAUGUCUGACUGACUGUCAUAUAAUUUGUAUGUUUUUGUCCUAUUCAAAUCUAAAACAUGCAUAAAAAAACACGAAAAUGUUGCUUUUUCAAAUGGGAUAGAAUGGUAAAUGAGACAUACAGUAUCUAAUGCAUCUCUCUCUCUCUCUCUCUCUCUCUCUCUCUCUCUCUCUCUCCUCUCUCUCUCCUCUCUCUCUCUCUCUCUCUCUCUCUCCUCUCUCUCUCUCUCUCUCUCUCUCUCUCUCUCUCUCUCUCUCUUACCCCACUCGCUCUCUCCCAGCUGUCAUCCUCCCUACAAUAUGGAGGUAUCUCCAGAUUUUGGAGGCACCUCCAUACUUCCUGGGUCUGGGCUUGUCUGCGUUCAGUCUGAGUGGGCUGCUGACGGGCCCACUGUUCGGCCUCUGGUCCGACCGGACCCGAACUACAAAGACCAUCAUCCUCUACUCCAACGUUUUUGAGAUUGUUGGUAAGCUUCACAGCUUAUAAUUGUUUCCAGGCACAGGAACCUGCUGUCGCAAGGCACAUGAAGGCUGUAUCCCAAAUGGCACCAUAUUCCCUACAUAGACCAGUAGUAAAAGUAGUGCACCAUAUAGGAAAUACUGGCCAUUUGGGAUGCAAACACAGAACCACAUUAUUUAUUUAACUGAAACAUGAAUGAAUGACUUUGGAGUCAUAAAGAAAAACAUUAGAUUCCAUUCAACCCUCCCAGCUCACCUGCUGAUGUGAUGUUUUAGAGAGAGUGAAGAAAUGGCAGGGACUUGGGGUUUGAGUCCUUGGAAAUGGAAAUGCCUUUUGUUAUACAUUUGAUUACAGUAAUAAGGGCAGACUUGCUUUCAGAUUUGGUGGUGUUAUGAAAAAAUCUACCCAACCUCCAACUGCAGCAAAGUUGUGAUAAAGUAAAUGUGAAUGACAACAUCAGUAGGUCAUUCAUUCCUAAGACCAAUUAAAAGAGUCCUAAGUGCAAGACAUUGAUGAUACAACUAAUGGUGAAAUUACAUAUUUUCUCCCCUAGGUAGCUUCAUGUAUUUUAUGGGAUACUCAAAAUGGCUGCUGUUGUGCAGUCGACUUGUAUCAGGUGAGUGUUUGUGGUUUUCUGUUUCUGCACUGUAGGCCUAUACCCACUAAUUUAAACGCUAAGUGAAUUAUUUACAAAUGUGUGUGUGUAUGUGAGAGAGAGUGAUGGCAUCCCAAUCGUAUGGUCCUGAUAUUAUACAGCCUUUGAUUUGGUCAGACAAUCUAGACCUAUUUAAUACACGUGUUGAUGCCUCCAAGGUAUUGGUGCAGGAGCAGGCUCCUCCAUCUUUGGCUUCCUCACACGGAGCACCCGGCCAGAGGAACGCGCUGGCGUUUUCGCUGCCAUCAUGGCAUGUCGCCAAGCUGGCCUCCUGAUU